AAGCAUUCGGCUACGAGCUCGCUGUCACACAUCGUCCGGGGGUUAAACAACCUCGCCCUCUCGUGGCGCGAUGGUACUACGGACCCGGAGCGGGAAGAUCGUCGCCAGGCUGAGGAGCGCCAGCAGAUCUUAGCUGCGCGCAUGCACAAUGCCCGGACGAUGAAAGAAUGGGAGACUGCCGCACGAGAGCUCGACACCUUGGAGGGAAACGACGAAUGGAAACUGGACGACUCGACAGGCGACUACCAGCCCGAAGUCGUCGAGGCGAGGCUAAAAGAGCUCGACGAGGCACGGACGAACUGCGACAUUGCGAACAUGCUAUACCUACUAAGGACCGCGUUUUCGCGAGAUCUCGCCGGAAUGGGAAACAUCGACUUGUAUAGACACUCGUAUGUCGGUACCAAGAGGCUGAUCGAGCGAUACGUUGAUUCGGCCGUGAACACCAUCGAUACCCUGGUUGAGAAGAGCGCCUACGCGUCGCCAGCAGAGCUUGGGCCUAGGGAUCUCCUCAGCGGUGCGCUUUAUGCGAGGCAAAGUUUCGGGAGGAGUGCCUUGCUGCUGAGCGGCGGUGCAACGUUCGGCAUGGCGCAUAUCGGCGUGAUAAAGGCCAUGUUUGAGGCAAACUUGCUUCCUCGAAUAAUAUCUGGCGCGUCAGCAGGCUCCAUCGUUUGUUCCGUCCUGUGCACCCGAACAGAUGAGGAGAUCCCGGCCGUCCUCCGAGAGUUCCCGUACGGCGACCUGUCCGUGUUCGAGGAGCAGGAUCGCGAGGACGGCAUUGCUGACCAUAUUCGACGCCUUCUGACCGAGGGGAGCUGGUCUGAUAUCAAGCAUCUGACCAGGGUGCUGAGGGGCGUGCUCGGCGACAUCACCUUCCAGGAGGCGUACAACCGGACCAGGAGGAUAUGCAACAUUCCCGUGUCCUCGCCAUCCAUCUACGAGCUCCCCCGUCUUCUCAACUAUGUCACGGCCCCGAAUGUCAUGAUCCGGUCCGCCGUCGCCGCCUCAUGUUCGGUGCCCUUCGUCUUCAACGCCGCCUCACUUCUCACAAAGGACCCCGAGACCGGCCAACACAUAUCUUGGAACCCGACCCCGCUGAGAUUCAUCGACGGCUCGGUAGACAAUGACCUCCCCAUGAGCCGGCUUGCCGAGAUGUUCAAUAUAAACCAUUUCAUCGUCUCCCAGGUAAACCCUCACGUCGUCCCUUUCCUCUCCAAGGACGACCAUCUAUCCCCUGCGGCAGAUCUGCCAGGCGGCCGAGAGUCGCAAUCCUCGCCGGACUACAUGGACUGGCUCCAGACACUCACGGCACUGGCCAAGGACGAGGCGCUCCACCGAUUGCAGUUCUUGACUGAGCUUGGCAUAUUCCCAAACCUGUGCACCAAGUUGCGCAGCGUCCUGAGCCAGAAGUAUUCCGGAGACAUCACCAUCUUGCCCGAGAUCUCCCCCAACGACCUCUCUCGCAUCUUGAAGAACCCGACACCCGAUUUCAUGCUCCGCAACUGUCUCAUCGGGGAGAAGGCAACCUGGCCGAAGCUCAGCAGGAUACGAGAUCGAUGCGCGAUCGAGUUGGCGCUGGACCGUGCAGUACAUGCGCUGCGGGCGAGGGUCGUCUUCAGCGAGAGCCAAGUCGAUCUCCGACGCCUCGUUACCGGAUCCGAACACCUCGGUGCCGCUCCUGAGCCCAGCGCGGACGUGAACCGGUCACACCCUUCCUCGGCAAUUCCAGUGCAACAUGGCGAUGCCACCCAGGAUCAGCGACCGUAUCAUCACAGGCGAGGCUCUGGAAGCAAUAUCCAGCUACUGGCGCGUCAAAGGAGAGUGCAGCAGGGUCUCGAGUCCGUCAUGACAGACGAGGACACGGAAGAGGAGGAGACGAUGGAGCUGAGUCUCCGGCGAGGCGCCCAAGGCCUCCGGUUGGGAAAUCGGGCCAACGUAAACAAGCCACGACUGAAACGGGCAGUCAAGAGUCACUUCCACCUACCGGCC